UUUAACUUGGCGCGCUUGACGCAGCGGAGAACCAAACGGAGGUAGAGCGGAUCAAUUUGGAGCUACGGCGGUUGAUCGGGAUUAUGCGGCGACACUGAUUGCUGCAUAGGUUGAGCACGCUGUUUCCUCAUCCAGUCCAUCAGCUGAGAGGUCACCUCAGUGUCCAGGUCUCAGUCUGUCCCGGCCUGGAUGCAGCCUGCCCAGGGCUCGGCCUAAUUCCUGGUGCUCCUUUCCCACCACCUCCUCCCUCCUUUCCCUACCCUCCUCCCCCCUGCCCCUCCCUCCGCCCCCCUCUCCUCCAACCCAAGUCUGGUGCUGCUCACAUCGACUCCCAGCAUUUAGCCUGGACCAGCGGCCUGGCUGGCUGCCCCCCUCAGGUGGAUGAAUGAAGACCCCAUUCAAGAGCCCAGCGCCCCGCGGCCCCGACCAGACGGGGGACAUUCAGGCGUUUCUGCAAACAUGAUGAAGAAAAAGAACACACACAAGAAACAGAAAACCAGUGUUGGCCCCAGUAAGACUCUGGCCCAGCCCAGAAGGAACAUAGUGGGCUGCAGGAUCCAGCACAUCUGGAAGGAGGGCAGUAAGUCGUCCCAGUGGAAGGGGACAGUCCUGGACCAGGUCCCCGUUAACCCCUCCCUCUACCUGAUCAAAUACGACGGCUUCGACUGCAUCUACGGUCUGGAGCUGUACAGUGAUGAGCGGGUGGUGGGGCUGGAGGUCCUGCCCGACAGAGUGGCUCCGGCCCGUGUGAGCGACUCCAUGCUGGCGGAGACGAUGAUCGGGAAGGCGGUGGAGCACAUGUUCGAGACGGAAGACGGGCCGAAGGAGGAGUGGAGGGGGAUGGUGCUGGCUCGAGCUCCCAUCAUGACCGCCUGGUUCUACAUCACCUACGAGAAGGACCCGGUGCUCUACAUGUACCAGCUGCUGGACGACUACAAAGAGGGAGACCUCCGCAUCAUGCCCGACUCCAAUGACAGCGUAACAACAGAGCGGGAGCCCGGCGAGGUGGUGGACAGUCUGGUGGGUAAACAGGUGGAGUACGCCAAAGAGGACGGCGGGAAGCGGUCGGGGAUGGUCAUCCACCAGGUGGAGGCUAAGCCGUCCGUCUACUUCAUCAAGUUCGACGACGACUUCCACAUCUACGUCUACGACCUGGUCAAGACCUCCUAAGACCGGGUCUGGGGCCCGAAAAAAGACUUACUGAGACCUGCCUAGACCCAGUGACACCCACUACGACCCCCCCUGCCCACCCGUGAAGAAAACCUAACGCAUCCUGACUCCCCACGAUGGACGGUGACGCCUGAGACAGUCUCCUGUUUUGUUCGUGAACGCCUUCAGAGAGAGACUUUGAUCCUUCAAGUCUGCAGAAGACUCCCUGAGGUGUUUCAUCAUUUCUCAUUCAUCAUUGUCCGGAUUUCUUUACCUGUCGCCUCCUGAAACUGGUUCUGACGGCCCCCGAAGAAGACCAACGAUCCUUUGGAGCGAAGAUGAACCAAAACCUGUUGAGGUAAAAUCUGGUUUUUCGUUUGAAGAAGUCCUGCAGCCUGAGACAUCCACAAUCCUGACUCCCCUCUGCACCAAUCUAAAAGGUCUCCAAAAUGCUCCUUUCAGAGUCACAGAGCCCCCGCCCCCCCUCUUUCCUGAAACCCUGACAGACCCAUAGAGACCUCAGCUUCAGAGGGAGGUGAACCAGUCUGAGUCUGCCGGGUUAAUGAAGGGAUGGGACUUCAGGUCUACAGGUCCCCCCCUUUUUGGUGAAAGUGGACACAAAGGAGAAACUCUUAUCCAAUCAGAGAGCCUCUCCCUGACCCCGCCUCCUUAAGGGUCUGAAGGAAACGGCAGAGAAACAGAGGACACAGACUCUUUUCUGUUUUCCAUUCUUUUAUCAUUUGUCUUUUUGGUUCGGCUGUUGGUUCCUACAUUACCCAGAAUGACUUUAGGGUGAGCUGUUCGGCUGCAUCAGCUACACCUGGACGGCCCUGUAGCAUUGUUAGCUUCCCCAGUAACACCAGUUAGCUGCUAGUCACACGUAGCGCUUGUGGCAGCGGAGCUAAACGUGCUAACAAACUGUUUUAUCUUGAAUGGAGACAGAAGUGAAACCCUCCCGUUUGUUCUGUUUUUUUUGAAGCGUUAAACUCAAAGGUUUGAGUUUUUAUUUGAUUUGUGCCAAAAAAUGUUCAGAAAGUGUUCCAGACUGUGGAUGACCCGGAUGAAAUGUCGUCUCUCAAACAUCAUGGACUUCAGCGGGGACCAGAAUCAGUUUCUGCUGUUCACUCUUCUCUUCCUUUUAUAUCAGCGUCUGUAUAGUUUCCUCUUUGUUUCUAUGUUUAUACCAGCCGGCACAGGAUCGCCUUCUCUUUGUUUAUUAUCCGCUCCACCUCUCGUUGUUCUGUGGAUACUGUAAAUAACCUGGUUAGCUGUCAAAACUGUCGUUUGCUGGUUUAAAAAAAUCAUCAAGUUCCCUGAAGACUGAAUCCUAACUGGAGCUCGAAUCAGUUUGUGUGUGCGUGGGAUUAAUUCUGUUCUUAGGCUGUUUGCUGGAUGACAAAUCUCUUCGUUCCUUUAAGGAAAUGAUGCUUCUUCACAACAACGCCCCCUCCCUCCCCCUCCCUCUCCCCUCCUUCUUUCUAAACAGGGAGGCUUAAAGAUACUGCGUCAUAUAAUUCACCUCUCACACUCCUGGUCUUCUAGAAUAUGUAGCUCCACCCACUACUGUAGGCGCGCAAGCAUUGCUACCAGUGGCGUUAGCGUUAGCAUAAACAGCCAUGUUGCCUGAUCCACAUCUCAUGUGCCUGAAGGGACUCGGAGACCUGACACAAAAUGUUUAGAAGAAAGUUCCCAAACAGGUUGUUCUCAUUCUGGAUCCAGGCGGUUCUAAAUCAAGAAGCAUCUUGGUGUAGCCGUCUUAAGAGUCUUAAGAGUACUCACUCAUCAUAGAGUCAGUUCCAGAAGUACUCUCAAAGUAAUCUCCGUGACUCUAGAAUCCGACAUUCACACGUGUCUAUCAGGGCUCUAGAACCACUAAAUGUUCUGACUCUGGAGCGCUCUGGAUCUGGUUCAGACGUCUUUGUUCUCAGUCUAUGGUCGGUUUUAAUUUAUUCCUCAUGAUUCUGGAUUAGACGACCUAAAACAUUUAAGAUUUCCUAAGUCUAGAUCUGGCACUUCCAGAUUCAAAUUUUCUAGAACAUGUUUUUAUCUUCGAUUCUAGAAUCUGUUUUGUUAUUUUUAGUCGACGCCACAGAGGACACGAAAGCUGACACUCAGCUCAACUUGAGUUUCUGUUCCACUGAGAGAGUCUGGAAUGAUUUCACCUCUACUGCUGCUCUAGAAUCAUUCUGUGAUGUUCUGAAACAUACGCCAUCAAACUUUUGAGACUUUUCAUGUUGAAGUUCUUGAACAUGAAGAUUCCGGACUGAGGGAGUGUGUUCUUUAGGAACCAUGAAGUGUCAUGGGACCCACAUCUUUAGAUUCCGACAGGGUCUCAGGAUGCGGUGUUGGAUUGUGAGGGAUGUCUGAAUUCUAGCAUCAGCUCUAGAGCUGGUUUGAACCAGACUUUUGAAAAGUUCUCUGGCAUGUUUUUCUCUCAAAGAGAUCUUCAGAGUCCAACCCACAUACUCUGAUUCCAGACCCUCGUUACAGACUGAGUUCACGACAGGAACAUAACUCACUUCUGGUUCAAGAACAAACAUCGUAUCAGCUGACUUGCUGCUCUAGAAUCACUCUGAUUUUCUGGAUUGAUCUACAUUUUUGUACACAAACAUAAAAGCUAAUUGCGGGACAUUUGCUUUACUAACAACACACUACUUCAGGUCACACUGCUCGGUUCUAGAACACACAUCUGUUAUUUGUUUUCCUCAUGUCUCCUGGUCUAAGAUUAAGAAAGCUAAAUACAUUACAAAGACUUUAGAACACAUGGAUCAUCUCUGGACCCGCACAGCUUCAUUCUAGAACGCCCCCCUGCUGGUGGGAGUGGAGCCUGACUGGAGCGUUCCAGAACAUUUGACACACGUUAGAAUGACUCAUUCUGAUUCUAGAAUCCAGGAUGAAUGUCCGUCAUUGCUGCUCUAGAACUGUUUUGAUUUCUGGAAUGUAUCCAGUCAAACCGUGUCGAGGGAGUCGUGGGACAAACACAAACAGAGCAGUCGACACCAGGUUUGAUACGUUUGCUCAUGUUCAUAGAAACGUAACAUUUUUCCAGAACUUCUGGCGGUUCUAGAUUUGCUCUCUCUAAAUUCUCAGCUAUGAGGACAAGAACAUUCUGGAACACACAUUUUGAUGACUGAACAUUCUGAUUCUAGAAUGCGUCUGUUUGGGAGGAGUGGACCUUUCAUCGUAUAUUCAGUUCUAGAAGUAAUCUCAAUGUAAUCGCCCUGACUCUAGAAUCCAACAUUCACUCAUAUCCAUCAGGGCUCUAGAACCAGUUUAGUUUUAAUGGUUGAAGAUCAACGUGUGUGCUACUGAGGGGGGAGAAAUCUAAAUGUUCUGACUCUGGAGCGCUCUGGAUCUGGUUCUUUGUUCUCAGUCAGCGGUCGGGUUCACUUUAUUCCUUAUGAUUCUGGAUUAGACGACCUAAAACAUUUAAGAUUACAGAACUCUAGAGCUGGCACUUCUAGGUUUUUCUAGAUUUGGUUUCUUAAAAUACACGAAUACAAUCCCAGAGAGCAGAACGUUCUAGAACAUGUUUUUAUCUUUGAUUCUAGAAUCUGUUUCGUUGUUUUUAGUCUACGCCACAGAGGACACGGAUACUGACUUUGCAAAUCAGCUUUCUGGACCUCACAGCAGACCUUUUUUAGUGGAACUCAGUAUCAAAGUUAUUGAAACAGUCAGCUCCAGAAUCCAGACUACAUGACAACAUGACUACUGGUUUUUAGCCCUCCUCCUCUUCUUUCUUCGGUUCCUUUUUUAACAUGUUUCUCCUGACACCAAGGCAACAUGAUUAAAAAUCAGUUCGUUGUGAGUGAUUGACGAACCUCACAUUUACCAUGGUCCUGGAUCUUGUGGGAGUGUUACCCAUAAUGCACCUGGCUUCUUGGCGUUAAAGGGUGGGUAGACUCCUGGGUGGUUGUGGGGGGGGGGGGACAGAACCUGUGUCUGGGUGGAUCCUCAGCCUCCAUGACGUGGACAUCGGUAGUCGUCUGUUCAGGAGCCAACACGCUGUUGGUAUUUUACAGAAGAACAUCAAACUGUGUGUGUGUGUGUGAGAGAGUGUGUGAGAGAGACUGUGUGUGUGUGUGUGUGUGUGCUGUCGAUCAGCCCCUGUUCAGAGCAGUGUUGUUUUUGCAUGCCUAUAUUCUAGCUCAGUGUAAAUCGAUGUGAGUUGCAUGUCAGUAGUUUUGAGUUGUUCGGCUGACUCCUGUCUGUUGUGGCUUCGGGUGCCUUUUCUGUUCUUUCUUUCUGUUCGUUUGUUUUUUAUCUUUCUUUCCCUGUUCUUUUGUACCGUGUGUCCCAGAGGCUGAUGUGUGUUUUUGAGGUUAUUAAGCAAAAAGAAAAGAAAAUGAAGAAUAUUCUCCUGGAAAACAGGUCUGACAGCGGUCAUCAGGGUAAACGACUGCAGCCAUGAUGACGGGUGUGACGUCUGUUUUGGGGCGGAUUGUCCCUUUAAAGAGUGCCAACUACAGAUGCCAGUGUUGUACAGCAGUGAAAAGCUCACACUAUUUACUAAAAUAAACCAUUUCUCUGUUUUUUCA